AUGACUAAUGAUAAUAAUUUAUCUUUUGUUACACAUAUCAGAAAUAUAGUGAUUCCGGAAUUAAGUGAUUUUUUACAUAAUAGUUUAGGUUUGAAUUCUCACGAUAUCAAAAUUAAUAGUAUGUUGAAAUUCACAACCAAUUGGUGUAAGAACAAUGAUGAUAUUAUUUUUACCCGCGCUGAUAAGGGCAAUUCUACUGUGGCAUUGGAUAGAAGUUACUAUAAUGAUAAAAUUCAGGAGUUAUUGAAUGACACUGAAACCUAUACUUUGGUUAAAAAGAAUCCUGCUUUAAAUUUAGAAAAAAGUCUCAAUAAUCUUUUAAAGAAAUGGCACCAAAAAAAUUACAUUAAUAAUAGUCAAUUAUGGUGUCUGAGAUCCAGUGAUUCUCUUUUGCCUAAAGCCUAUGCAUUACCAAAAAUCCAUAAAGAGGGAAUUCCGUUCAGGAUUAUCGUCUCUUCAGUUAAUACAGCCUUAUAUCAAUUAGCUAGUUUUUUACAAGACAUUAUUUCAAAAAGUAUUCCUUCUGCCAGGAGCAAAGUAAAGAAUAGUUUUGACCUUUUCAAAAGAUUAAAUGGAUUUCAGAUUGAUGAAACGGAAUGUCUGAUUUCGUUGGACGUUGUGUCUCUUUUCACGAAUAUUCCUAUAGAACUAGCGAUAGAGGGAAUUGAGAGAAGGUGGAAUUCCAUAGGGUGUUCCACGAACAUCCCAAAGAAAGAGUUCUUGGAAGCGAUUAAAUUUGUUUUGACAUCAACUUAUUUUUCCUUUAAUAACACUAUAUAUAAGCAAACGUUUGGCACACCUAUGGGUUCCCCCCUUUCUCCGAUCUUGGCUGACAUUGUAAUGGAGGAUCUUGAGGUUAGGGCACUUAAAUUGUUACAAUUGGAAGAUUUGAUAUAUUUCAGAUAUGUGGAUGACUCGUUUAUGAUUGCUUCUAAAGAUAAAAUUUCUAAAAUUGUAAAAGUUUUUAAUGAACAACAUAUGAGGCUCAAAUUUACAGUGGAACGGGAGGUUAAUCAUGAGCUUUGUUUUUUGGAUUUAUUGAUUGUUAACAAAGAUAACAAAAUAGUUAUCGACUGGUAUCAUAAGAAAACUUUCUCGGGUAGAUAUCUCUCUUUUUAUUCCAAUCAUCCAACUUGUCAUAAGAUCGGAAUGAUAUUCAGUCUUGUUGACAGAGCAAUUUCAUUAUCGGAUCCUAUUUACUACAGUAAAAAUCUGGAAUUUGUAAUAGAGGUCUUAUUGGAUAAUGGAUAUCCAUUAGAUUUUAUUUUCAAAAAUAUUAAUAACAGAAUUAGGACUUUAGCUCACAAAGAUGUUAUAUGUGACAAAACUAACGAUGAUAAAGAAUUGAGACAGCUCAUGGUGAUCCCUUAUGUUAAUUCUAUUAGUAACAAGGUUUCAAAAUCGAUUAAUAAAGCUAAUUACAUGAUUGGUUACAGGUGUUUAAAUAAAUUGAAUAGAUUUAUUAAAGUUCAAAAAGAUAAGAAUGAACAGGAAAAUAAUAAUAAUGUUAUUUAUAAAAUUGAUUGUAAGAAUUGUGAAGCGUCAUAUGUUGGACAAACCAAGAGACAAUUGAAAACGAGAAUAAAAGAACAUAAGAAUAACUUUAAAUUGGAUCAAUCUAAACAUUCUGUUAUUACUAAUCAUAUGAAUGAAAAUAAUCAUGAAUUUAAUUGGGAUGCUGUUAAUAUUUUAGAUUUUGAGAGUAACUAUAGGAAAAGAAAUAUAUCUGAAAUGAUUCACAUCAAAGAGCAGAAGAAAGGCUUGAAUUUAAUGAAGGAUACAGAGUUAUUAGAUAAGUCAUAUUCAAACAUAAUUUUUGAUAUUCGUGAUAAGAAAUUGUAA